GGUAUGAAGGUGAACACUCAGGCUUCAUGUUUUUAAUACCUAUUAAUAUUUAUCCUACUCUGCAAAGCUACUCUAUACUUCAUGUCAACGAACUGUCUGUUUUGCUUUUGUGGUUGUGUACAAGUUUUUACGUAGCUAUUUUUCUGUUUAAUAUAUUAUACCUGUCUGUUGUAAAACCUCUGUCCCAUUGUGUUUGUUUUUGCUUUGUGAUUGUUAUUCAGUAGAGCAACAGUUCUUUUCAAUAUCGGUAAAAAAAACUUUUUAUUGAACUGGUACUGCCACAAAUCUUAAUAAAUAGCAAAGUCAGUCUUGUCAAUGUCUUAACUGAACAACAGACACUCACCGAAAAUUGAAGCAUCUACUCUGAUAUUGACAAUUCCGCAAGGGAGCUAGAGGAAGCCAAAGAAUAAGAAGAAGAAGAAAAAAAUUUUUUUUUUAAUAUAUUAUGGGCUUACUCUUGACCCCAGUCUAACUCUAGAACAGAGACGAAGAUGGAGCGAGUUCGCCCAGAAGAAGCCGGUUCACUCGCGCUUUAAUCAUGUUCGAGUUGUAACUUGGAAUUAUCAAGUCAACCGUGCUACACUGGCAUCGCUGAGUCAUUAAACCAAUCGAUGUAGCUAAUUGAAAUUAUAUAAAUAAGUGGCGUAUAAGAAAGUAUUUUUCGCUUUUGCUGUUUUGUUUUAUAUUUUUCAAGGAAAUAUUUAAGAAGGUCUAUCGUUGAUCUAAAAACAUAUGUUAAUAAGGGCACUUCAAGGCUUGAUAAUUUAAAAAAUGGAUUACGAAAAUGAUUUAAACGAGAUUGUGGCAAUAACUUCAGAUACCGAGGAACCUUCGCCUAAUUCGGAGAAACCAAUCAUACAAUUUUUCAAGAGAUUAAUAGAGAACAACAAAAAAGAUGACAUUGUUCUGACGGACGGUCAGAUCAUCGAAAUACUCGACAAAGAAUUCGACAUCAGACUGUCAAAACUACAUGAAUUAGAGGGAAUUAUAUAUUUAGCUGUCGUGAAAAAAUACCUCAAAGAUUGGCCGCAAUGGGAUGAAUUAGAGACAAUCAUCAGUAAAAUAAAUAAAAACAAGACGAAACAUGACAAACAAGAUGAAAGUGCAGAUAUAGAAAAAAUGUUGGAAUCUAAAUAUGUUAAUUUAAAAAGUUUUUUGAAAAGUAUGCUCGAUAAUGCGAAACAUAUGUCCAGAUCUACCGUCCAGCCUUUUAUAGACGGACAAAUUGAUGUUGCGAAGAGCAGUGAUAAAUCUACAAGAGGUAGUAAUAUCAUGCUAGAGAUACAUGCAUCUAGAAAUCAGCUCAAUCAGUUAGUCUUCCGACAACCUCAUCCAAAUUUAAAUAAUACAGUUUUCAACCCAAAUUUUGAAUUGCCGAAACAAAUAAAACUAUCAACGUUUUCUAUAGAAGCAAUUCUCAACUGGUGGGGAGUCAGUAUCAACAUAAUGACCACGAAAAAUAUACAUAUCUACAAACGAGAAACCAAACACGAACUAAAACAUGUCUUAGUCAACAAAAAGCUGAAAAAACAUCGCAAUUCUUUUCAACUAUUAGAUCAAGAUAUUAAAAUAUCUUCAAUUUCAUCCACACAAACAAUUCAAAUAAACGAUCUCAUUGACAGAUUUGAUGCAAUUGAGCCCAGUACCAACAAUUAUGAAAUAUACAAUUUUAUAAAGAAAGAUUUAACAACGCUACCAUCUAAUAUACCGUCUAGAAAACAGUUAAAGCGCUACACAAAUAAAUAUUCUUAUGUGCGUUACUUGUACAAGGAAGUCGAUACUGAGUUGCCAACUGACGUUAGCAAUAAGUAUGAUCUACAGCUCGAGGAAACAGUAUCACCGUGUUAUCAGAUAUAUCUUAGUCAUAUAAAAGACCCGAGCAAGUGUUUGUAUGUCUGCUGUCUACCCUGUGAGAUAAAAUUUACAGGAGAAAAUAUAUUUAGUGAUUUAAAAUCUCAUUUUGAUGCUGAACACAUAAAUGAACCAGAUUGGACAUGUACUAACUGUCAUGGCGUUUUCCCGAUGAUGGAAUUGGCUAAAAACUGGUGGUGUCACAGAUGUUAAUGUGCUGUAGAGAUUUUAAAAUCUUAUAUAACCUCCCCCUCUCUCUUGCCGUGGCUGUCGUAAGAGGCGGCUUAGGGAUAACACAGUUACACUACCACCCUGGAACUUAAAAAGUCGACCGAUAACAUGAUAACCACCCAACUGCUGCAAAUCACCAUAUUCAUUCAAGCUAUUUUGAUUAGGUAUUGUAUUUAUAAUUUAAAAACUUAGAAAACUUUUUUCGUAGUUUCUUUAAUCUAUCUUUUUAUAAAUUUUGUAAAACGCAUUCCACACAACAAAACAGUAUUGUAACUUACUUUUUACAAAUGCGUUAAAUAUAGUAAAUAAAGUGAUUAAUGACUGAAUUCUUUAAAUGUUUUGUGUUUAUCUUGAUAAACCAAAUAGUUCAUGUUCGAAUCAACUAUUAUGCCUAAGUAUUUUUUUAGUUUUGCCUUUUUUUAAUAUAAUCAUUUAAACUUA